AUGAACAGAGAGGGAGGCAAGAAGAAGCCGCUGAAAGCAGCCAAAAAACAGGAAAAAGAGCUGGACGAGCACGACAUUCUCUUCCAGGAAAAAGAGAGAGAAAGAAAGAGGCAAGAACAGGAGCUUAAAAACAAGAUUCUGUCCAAGGGAAAGUCCAAGAAGUAG